AUGCCUGAUGACUUCGAGUUUGGCGAUGGUGAGGCCCUCGACGUUGAGUUGGAGCACCGACAGACCUUGGUUUUCGACGGUGGGGGUGUCCGCCCGUCCUGGAGAGGCCGCGUGAAGGCUGUCGUGUUCAACAUAUACAUUCACGACCUGCCAGAUACAACAUCUACCAAGUAUGGCUAUGCGGACGACUUGGCCAUCAUGCUUCGCCGCCCAACAUGGAAGGCGAUGGAAGUUGGCCUCAACCGAGACAUGGGCAUCCUGGCAGACUACCUCCAGAAGUGGCACCUUCAGCUCAGCAUGGGCAAGACAGUGUCUGCAGCUUACCACCUUAACAAUCGGGAAGCAAGAAGGGAACUGGACGUGCAUGUUGGCAACAAGCGCCUGGAGUUCCAGCAAGCCCCCAAUGAAGGCCAAGACAACAGCAAGGGUCUCGCUCAUCCGUCGCCUGGCGGGUUCGACUUGGGGAGCUUCCCCCCAGACCCUACGCAUAUCCACGCAAGCCCUGGUAUUACCCGUAGCAGAAUACUGUGCCCCAGCCUGGAGCAGAAGUCCACAUGUGAACAAGUCCUAGCUGGAAUCGCCCCAGCCAGUCUCCGACGGGAUGCGGCUACCCUCGCCCUGGCAAGAAAAGCCCAGAAGCACGACUGGCACAUCCUACACAAAGCCACAACAACACCGGCACCACCAUGCAGGCUUAAGUCUCGCCAUCCCUACAACAAGGCAGCACAGGAGAUGCUACAGUCUAUCCCUGAGGACUUGUCCAGAGACGCCUGGCUGGCAGCAUCCUGGAAACAGACGUGGGAGACGGCUGGGCCCUCCCGCAUGCAACGAUACAUCCGGGACCCAGGAGGCGGUGUAAAAGGAGAAGACAUGCCACGCCAUCUAUGGACCUCACUGAACCGUCUGCGCUCUGGCGUCGGACGAUUCAAGUCAUCUCUGAAGAAGUGGGGCCUAUCGGACAGUGCGGCAUGCGAGUGCGGCGAGCCUGAACAGACUGCCGAGCACAUAAUCACCGGCUGCCCCCUAUACAGCCCACCCUCAGAAGCUGGCCUUUUCGACUUAGGACCGGAGACGAGGGCGUGGCUGCAUGACACUGAGUUGGCCAUCUGACGAUAUACGAAAGAA